GCAAUGCCAAAUUCAUAAUGAAACUAUCUGUAAAGACAGACCACAGAGUCUCUGGGUCCUCACAGAAACUUUAAAGGUUUUCCUUUUUUUCCCCUGGGAUGUUCGCAGCAGCACAUCCCUCACCUGCCUCAGCUCCUCUCCUCCGACCCUGCUGCUCACAUCCUGUCUGAGAGGGAGAGGCAAAGGAGGAAGAGGCUCAACCUGAGGGAGUCAACUUUAACCCUUUUUAAUUCUUUUCUAACUUUUCAUUUAACCGUCGACUUUUUCUCCCCGUGUCCCGCAGGAGGCUGCAGAUCGCUUUUAAGAGCGCAAACCAAACAUUACUAUGAAGCGCGUGGGAGCUGAGGGGAAGGCGCGACUAAAGGGACGUUUCCAAUGAUCUUCUUACAGAGACUUUUGGUGACAUUUAAUUGAAAACAAAUCGACCGAGGCUAAAGCUCUAAAGUUUUAUUCAGCUGAAACGGUGAAGAACAUACAGAAUAUUAAUCCAGUGCCAAGUUUUGAUUGUCUGAACAGGAGGUAAGAAGUCCUUCGCAAGCGGUGGAUUAACGCGCAAGUAGAAAAAAAGUCGCGAUAAUUGUAAUCUAGAGUCCGGGAUGUUCGUGUGAAUGUUUCCCCGAACCGAAUUGAUUUCGUUCGGAAAAGGGGAGACUUUCAUGGAUUUUUUAUGUGGGACCCGCUAGGAUGGACCAGGACGUGGUAGAUGAAACAGAAGCGUUACAGAGAUUUUUUGAAGGUCAUGAUAUUACCAGCUCUCUGGAACCAGCCAACAUCGACACCAGUAUCCUGGAAGAGUACAUCAGCAAGGAGGACGAUAGUGCUGACAUCUGUUUCUCAGAGGUCCACAGCACCCCAGGACCAAAUUAUUCAUCUCCCCAAGCAGGAGUGUCCUCCUCUGGAGGGUUGGUGUGUGGUGUGAGCCCCCCUAUCCCACUACGCCAAGGAGCCCCUCCACCUGGGCCCCCUAGCUGCCAGAACGCCUACCCCCCAGGUCCAUCGCUGGGCCUCCGACACGGCUACCCCUGUCUGGCACAGCAACAGCAGCAGCAACACCAGCAACAGCAGCAGGCUCACGUCAAACCUGAGAACAGGGGCCAUUACGCUCCAGGGACACUACCUGAGUCACCCCCAGACUCCAGCUCAGAACCGUACUCUCCCCAACAGGUGAAUGAUCCUCACAUGAUCAGGACCAUGACUCCAGAGAACAUGUGCCACAUGACUCCAACACCGCCUCUCCCCCCACACGGGCACUAUCCCAGCAUGCAUCGGGACAUGUACCUGAAGCCUGAGCCCAUGAUAUCACAGUACCCCAUUGGACCGGCUGCAAGCGGAAGUGGAGACAUGCAGCAGACGCAGAUGCUUCAUCAGUUACUUCAGCACCCUCAGGGUCAAGACAGCGUUCCUGUUCAUCAAGCGAAGAAGAGGAAGCACUCUGACUCUCCCAACAGCACCCUGAAUUCCCAAAUCCUCACAGGUAUCAUCAAACAAGAACCAGGUUUAAUGCAGGAUGCAGACAAUGCCUACCUGGACCCAAAUUAUCAGUGCAUUAAGUGGCAACCUCACCAGCAGAACAAGUGGACGCCGCUAUAUGAUGCCAACUGCAAAGAGCUCCCGAUGCCAACCUACCGCGUUGACGCUGACAAAGGCUUCAACUUCUCCUUAGCUGAUGAUGCUUUUGUUUGCCAGAAGAAGAACCAUUUUCAGGUCACGGUAUACGUCGGCAUGCUUGGAGAUCCCAAGUACGUCAAGACAAGCGAAGGACUGCAGCCCAUUGAUUGUUUUUAUCUCAAACUUAACGGAGUAAAGGUGGAAGCCAUGAAUCAGUCCAUCAGUGUGGAGCAGUCGCAGUCUGACCGCAGCAAGAGACCUUUCAAGCCAGUCCUUGUCACUUUGCCUUCAGAUCAGGUCACUAAGGUCACAGUGGGACGGCUCCAUUUUAGCGAGACCACAGCAAAUAACAUGAGAAAGAAGGGCAAGCCAAACCCUGAUCAGAGGUAUUUCAUGCUGGUGGUGGCGCUCCACGCACAGUCCCACAAUCAGAGCUACACUGUGGCGGCUCAUGUGUCUGAGAGGAUCAUCGUCAGGGCAUCCAACCCAGGCCAGUUUGAAAGCGACAACGAGGUGCUGUGGCAGCGCGGACAACUGCCAGACUCCGUUUACCACCACGGGAGAGUCGGUGUCAAUACAGACAGACCGGACGAGGCCCUCGUUGUCCAUGGCAACCUGAAGGUCAUGGGCUCCCUUGUGCAUCCAUCUGACAUCAGGGCCAAAGAAAAUGUCCAGGAGGUCGACACCACAGACAAUUUAAAACGGAUUUCUCAGAUGAGGCUGGUCCAUUAUCAAUACAAGCCUGAGUUUGCUGCCACCGUGGGCAUAGAGAACACUGCAGAGACUGGAGUGAUCGCUCAAGAGGUUCAACAAAUUUUGCCUGAGGCAGUGAAAGAGGGGGGUGAUGUGGUGUGUGCAAAUGGAGAAACUAUUCCCAACCUAUUAGUUGUCAACAAGGAGCGUAUCUUUAUGGAGAAUGUCGGAGCGGUGAAGGAACUGUGUAAGCUGACGGACAACCUGGAGACUCGUAUCGAUGAGCUGGAGCGUUGGAGCCGCAAACUGGCCAAACUGCGUCGCCUUGACAGCAUGAAGAGCACCGUGAGCGGGGGCACGGUCAGCCAGUCAGGAAGUUAUUUUAGCAGGACAGGAAGUGGCCCACUAAAGAAAAAGACAGUCAAACCAGGAAGCAAGAAUUUACCUCCAGAUCAGGGCUGCAUCAGUCAGAAGUUCAUGCAGGGAACCAUCCUGGCACUGGUUGUGGUCAUGGCUUUCAGUGUCAUUUCCAUGUCUGUGCUUUAUGUACUCACUCUUCACCACAGAGGGGAUGUCACAGAGAAAGAUGGCUAUGUUCCUUCCUGUGUUCUCUACGUCUCUUGGAUGCCCAUCUUCACUGCCACUAUAACUGUCUGUCCACCUGUCUGCCCAUGGCCAAGAGCUGAAGUGGGAUCCUCCCGCAAGGGUCCAGAUACUCCAUUGUCCACUACCCUUGCACCAGCUUGCUGUUCAACCACAGCCAUAAACAACCAAUCAGCUACUGUUUCAACAAUGAGUAACAACCAAUCCACACCAGCUUUUAGCAGCCUAGUUCCUACACCCGGCCUGAUUAACAAGAAGGCCAAGUCCAGACUAAUGGACAAAGAUCACAACAGAAACCGUCUGAGUCACACAUCAGCACCCAUUUAUUUUGCCAAGUCCAAAAGGCCCAGCCCUGAAGAGACGGAUGGAGUGGGAGCCAUCAACCGUCUUCCUGGUGGGCAGCAUCCACUGCCACGCAGACAACGCAGCCUGCACACAAAGGGAGUGAAAUCGGUUCCUUCUCUCACUAGCUUAUAUAUCAUGGAGACAAACCAAGAAAUCAAAGCGCAAAACUGUGCAACAGCAGAAAGCUGCAGCUACACGGUAUCACUUCAUGGAAAAAGAAAUUCCUCCAUGUCACAAAUCACUUUGCACAUGACGUCUACAAACAGCGUGUGGGUACGGCAAUGUGGAGCCACCAAGGGACGUUUAUGCCCCAACCACACAGAAACACAGCUCUAUAAUGAACAGAGUACAUCAACAAAGGGGACUCGUCACUUGUGGUCGGUGCCUGUGCUGCCUUACCAAGACAUCACCUAUCACUUUCGUGUCUCCCUGUCUAGUGACAGAGUGAGCUGUGACACUGAAGGAAAAUCUGCACCAUACUCUGACUACCAUUUUCUCAUAGAAAGCAGCUGCGUGUGAGGAAGCAGAUGAUGCAUCCCAGUCCCUUUACAGUAUACCAUAUUUCUCCAUUUGUAUGCGGUUAUGAUGGGAUCAAGCUUUGUCUAAUUAUUGUACAUUAUUUUAAAGAUAUUCAAACAGAGCAAACGAUUUACUGUACCACCACUGUAGUCCCUUUCAUAUGUAUAUGCAUUAAGACAUCUCCUUUUGCUGUGAUCACUGGAGUUUGAAACACUGUAUAUGUCUUUUUUUUCUGUCACUGGAAAUGUUGAUGACUGACUCUGAAAACUGUGUCGUACCACUGUUAACUGCUAAUGUAAAAGUAACGCACUUAGUUCAUAGCUCAACAAUUUUUAUUUUUUAAAUUUGUUACUCAUCACUAUGUCUUCCAUUCCUAAUAUAAACCGUAACAUUGUUUUUAGCAGAAUUUUCUAAAUCAAGUCCAGGCUACGAUGUUACAAGAGAAGGCACUGCAAACAUACACUAUGAAUCUGUAUAUACAACAAAACCAGUCACAACUGGUUUGGAAGAAUACUUCUCAAUACUUUUAUACACUGGAGAGGAGAUCACUGGCUUCUGCUGAAGGCCACGGUAAAUGGUUGCAGCUAGCACUGAAAAGAUACCUCAGUAGUGCACAGUGUCUGCAGUGGAGCUUUGUGCUGAGUCUGCAGCAGUCAGCUGUACUGCCUAUCCUAAUGCAGCCCCUGACUAAAAUCCGUGCACAGAGGUGUGCACACUCUGCAGCAUUUCUGUCUCAAUCGUGACACUGAAUUAAACACGAAGUUGUUACAUGUUAAUGCAUAUUACUACACAGAAACUGCUUCUUAAAUGCAUUAAAAAAAACACCUCAAAACCUCUGAGCUGUGCACAUUGUAGCAGAUUCCUUAGAGGAUAUAUGUUAAGACUGGAAAGCAUACAAAUCACAGGAAAUUAACACGAUGCACUGAGAGCUCGCUGAGUCCAACACUGACAAUAUUUCAAGAAACACUGGAAUAGCUUACACUGUAUCUUGCUAACUGGACAAUGCUGGUAAGGCAAUAAAUAUGAAUAUGAAAUAUGUCAUUUCAUGUGCAUGCCCAAUCAAUUUCUCUAAAACGGUACAUUGUAGCUGAGAUGCUGCUCCAGCUUGGAAGUUCUUGUCUUAAUGCCUUGAUCACAAACCUACGAGGAAAUUACACACAUAUAAAACUGGAUUCUAUACACUGGACUCUUUCCUCUGUUUUUCUGGAUGUAUUUUAAAACAAUUUUUCCUUUGCUUAUACAGCUAAGUAUAUGCAGUGAUAACAUGUUUGAUAUAACUGAUUUGUAUUAUGUUUUCUUUUUGUAUUAGCUUCUCUUGUCUCAAAGGAAAUCUCCAUUUAACUUCAGACGUUGUGGUUUUGUUGCAUUUACUGAAAUUUGCUUUUCAAUCCUAGUCCCGUAAGUGUCUUUAUUAAGAAAAAAAAACACAUUUAUAUUAAAUAGGAAAAGCCAUCAGAUAAAGUUUAUGGACUCUGUAAUAAUAUGAAUAUUCUGUACAUGCUUUCGCUAUAAUUAUUAUGACUUCAGUGGGCAUAUGGUACUAUUUUAGCUUAUUUAUAAUUCACCAGCUAGCAUAAUGAAACCACUGUAGCACUUUUUGCACUGUACAUAUAUAUACGAAAAAGGCUUUUGCUGUAUCCAGUGCACCAGACUGGUGUCAGACACUUUGGUAGAACUGGGUUGUUUGUAACUGUAUAGCUUCAUUUUUUGUCACUACCAAUGCUCCUUUUUAUCGGGUGUGUUUUAUCAUAUUGUUGUUUGGUUUUUUUUGGUUGGUUUUUUUUGUAGUUGAUUUUGAUAUCAAUAAUAUAUUAACUUUCAGCUACUGGAGCCAAGGAAUGAUUGAUAAACAUUAAAACAUGCAUAUAUUAAAAGGCCCAUGUGUAAAGAAAAAAAAAAGCAAAAGACUAAAGCUCAGUGACUACAUUAAUAUCACUACUUUUCAUUUUCAAAGCUUUUGUCAAUAAAUAUGCUGUAACACUAUGAAUGCAUGCAGUAAAUAAAUUUACUAUUACAUUUC